CCUACUAGAAGUCAAUUGAAAAGGGUUGGUAUUUGCAUUCAUCAUUAUUAGUUUUAAUUUUAGCUAAGUUACCUAUGUAGUUUAACGACCCCCUGGCGUCGGGUGGAGGUGUUUCCCCCACGAAAUUGAAUAUCACAGGGGAGAUGAACGUAUGAGGAGUUUGAUGGUGUUUAUCAUGAUGGUACUAUGGUAACACAUACUAAACGUCAAUUGUCCAGAAUCGGGUAUUUGGUACAACAUAAUUAUUCUUAUUUCUACUUAAGGUUACCUACUGUAGGUAUUGCAACGACGAUUCAUAGGCACUAUUACAUAGACACAAUGUGAGAGGGUAUAGGCCUACAAUAUAAUAAAAAUAAUACCCCCUAAAAAUAAAUAGACUCGCCGUGGACCUGUUUUGUUAAUUGUGCUACAACAGGAUUAAGAUUAAUAAUACGCAUAAUACAUAACGAAACCAUUAAACUAAAGUUUGGACCACAAAGAGGAAAGACACACCAAGAUGUAACUAGCAAAACUAUAACAGAAGGAAUACGCAACAUGUGCAACGGAAACCAAUAGUACAACGAAAAAAUAAUUAUCGAUCGUUAUAUUUGAUUAAAUUGACAGAAAUAAUUUAGGGGUUGUUACGUAAGUGACUGAAGGAGAGGAUUUGUGAAAUAGGCGCUUUUACUGGGUUAUUGAUAACAUCUCAUGAAUUUAUUGCCGUAGAAACACGCGGGGUUUGGUGAUAAGACAGUGAGCGAUACCAAUACAGACACCAGCAAUGCCUAAACAAUAUCGCACCGACAAUGCCUGAGAAAACUACGUAAGGGUCUAAUAUAUAUUUUCUGAGAUUAUACGCAUCUUCCAAGGAUUAUUUUCCUACAUAAUACCAAGGUUAGUGGCUUUAUAUGCCUAACAUUCGUCAGCUGAGCAUACUUCAAUAACAGUUCACUGAAAUGCUAUCAACAUUUGAUAUGAUUGUUAUAUAAUCUACAACAUUCCUCGAACGAAGAACGCGUACCGGUAAUCAAUUUGUGCAGUCACAUUGAGCAACAAAGCUUGUACUUGUACAAGGAAAUAUUGUUUAAGUGGUAAUUUUAUUUUUGCUUGAAUUUAGCCGUACUAGUUAAACUAUGAUCAAUAACAAUAUGAAUUCAUUGCAUCACUAGCUUCAAAUGAUCGGACAAAUAUGAUUGUUGUCUGCUAUUGUUCCCCGCGCAUAUUUGGAUCAUAGAUACGUCAGCCGGAACGUUUAGUUCUAUCCGAGCUCCAUGGAAACAUAGACCAGUUGAGUUCGGUAUUAUUGUUUCUCUUGUAGAGUACAUAUCUUCAAUAGAAAACCUAAGGUCGUAGUUUUCAACUAUUAAAAGUAGGAAAUCAUGUAGCAUCUUGAUAGCCACGCAAUCCCAACAAAAUUGUUUACAAUUUUAGACGAUUUGUAUUAAAAGCGAUUUUAGGCUAUAUUUGACGAACUGCAGUUGGAAUUUAAACUUAUUAAUUCACAGACAUAGGUCUAUUUAAGAACUACUGUAUUUCUAUCAACAAGAUUUAAAAUGAGUGGUGUUGCACCUAAAAAGAUGAAAACGUUAAACCUAAAGACCCUUCACUCGGAUGAUAUCGGACAGUUGAAAGAAACUCGAGCGUCUGAACUAGGCACAAUUGUAAGAUGUUAUAACCAUGCGUGUGCGGUUUCAGUAAAAAGAGACGUUGCACAGUGGUACAACGAACAAAACAUGGCUGUUACCAAAUUAUCACGUGGACAACAAAAGGUUUACAAGAGUUUGUUAAAGUUCCACCAAAUCAAGAAAGAUAUCAAACGGAAAGCGUAUAUAAAAAAGCAAGUAGAGCUUCAAGAACAACUCAGAGAACAAGCAGCAUUGGAGAAGAAAGAAACAGAAUUAAGAGAACUAGCAGAAAAGAAAAAGAAUGCGGAUAAAAAGAAAAAAGAACUUGCUCACAGAGAAAUGAGAAAGGAGAAAAGUAUUAUGAGAUCAAAAUACCAGGUUUUACCAGGAAUUGGGGAAGAGAUCGAAUUUGAAAAUCCGAAUGCGGCAAGCGGUACUGGAAGCCACAAUCCUUUGUUGACAGAAAAAUCUAACACACAAGUUACGUUUGACGAUCAAAAAGAAGCAGUUAUUCCCUCGACCAGAGAAUCUUUACUGACAACAGAAUUAUCUGACCUAAGUGGUAGAGUCUCAAACCCAACAUAUUACAUUAAACAACCAUACAGGUAUAACCAAAAUAAUCAGCACCGGUUUGUAGCACCUCCACAAGAUACAAGCCGUGAACAUUCUUUUACAGUUCCUGAAACAUCCCUACAAAACAAAAAGCAUGAAGAUAAUACUGAAAACAGAUUAGUGGAAUCUCUAGACAAGACUGCGGUUAAGGAAGGAAGCUUCGUUGGUGUCAUUGGAAAAACCGAGAAAUUGGCAAUUCAAGAACAACUUACAUCUGAUAUAUCCGCUAUUGAGGCCGUUGAUCAAGCAAAUAACUUCGAUUCAUUUUUUCGAAAUAAUUCUUU